AUGCUUCAAGUUAGCAGAAUCCAAGCAGACCAUUAUCGUCAAAGUAAACAUGUUGACAAACAAAAGUCUUCGUCGCAAGUUCUCAUGGAAAAGAUUAGAAACUACGUAGGCCUGUUUCUAGAAACUUCUUCAAUACACGGCUUGAAUCAUCUCGUUAAUGCUGGAAGGCAUCCAUGUGAAGUUUUCCUCUGGUUAGCCAUGGUGAUGCUGUCAUUGUACAUAACUCUCUACAUCUCGUGGUCGACAUGGGCCCGCUACCAGUCCUCACCCACGGUCAUCUCGAUGGACCGAGACAUGUAUGCCUGGAACACCACAUUUCCCUGCAUAACCAUUUGCCCGGACGACAAGAUUGAUCCCGAGAAGUUGGAGAAAUACUUAAAUGACUCAACGGAAGAAGACAAACAGAAACUCAAAACAUUCAUCAUGGCAUUGUCGAACGCUACUUUCGAAAAUUUCCACACGGUGCCCGUAUACAAUGGCAUAAAACCACAGUAUUAUCUGGAAACGCUACUGAGUUUACUACCUCCGUUCAAACCUAUCCUUACGAUCGGAGCAGCCGGGUUGUUCCUGGAUAUUGUUCCCACUAUCACAGAGAUGGGAGUGUGUUACGCCAUUAAUUCCAAAGUUGCUGUUCAUAAUUCCCCAGAAUAUCGAAAAGCAAACAAAUGGGACAUCAUAGAAACUAAAAACUCGUCAUUUUCUGUGCAUCCGCUGGAUGGCGAAGUUUUUGCACAAGUUUUGAAUAUAACCUCGUAUAAUGCGUAUAUCCACGGCCCGCUCGAGGUUCCUGACAUCUCAGCGAAGUCUCAUCAUUCGCCUACAUAUUUCUACAUGAAAAUUUUUGUCACUGCUACUACUGUUUACACUGCUCCAGAAGCAGCUAGACUGAGUGUAGGCCAACGUGGCUGUCGUUUCAAGCACGAGAACAAUUUGAAGCACAACUCUGUAUACACGUAUAACCUGUGUCGCAUCGAGUGCAGAAUCAAGCUCUGUCUCAACUACUGCCAAUGUAUCCCCCACUUCUACAGGAGGAUUGGAGAUGAAAAGAUAUGCGACGUCAAUGGAUUACAUUGUAUAGCAGCCUAUAAAGAUGUACUCAUAAAUUUGAGACAUAAAGGUGACAAGAAAGUUGAUUGCGACUGCGAUGCUAUAUGCGAUGAUGUAAACUACACUGUGCAGACUUUUGCAUUGCAGAGUUGGGUCUUAGGAACCAACUUCCAAUGGGGUAUCGUCACCUACCCCAGGAUGAGAUACAAGCGAGAUGUGCUCUUCGGAUUUACGGAUGUGCUGGUGGCAGUCGGUGGAAUGGCGGGUUUCUUCCUCGGCUGCAGUGUCCUCAGCUUCAUGGAGAUCGUAUACUUCUUGACGUUGCGAUUAAUAUGUUACACGAGGAGCACUAUUCAUUAUUAA